GGAUUCAUACCAACGCAGACACUCAAGUUGCCUUCUUCUGCUCGUCAUUUUCCCCACUUCUAGUCACGUUUGAGGCUCACGCAGAACAACAACUCCUUUAUUCUCCCUUCCCCGUUCCUUUAUUACGGACUGUUCAGGCAGAAACCCUCCAGAAAUGGCUCAGAUACUGCCGAUACGGUUUCAGGAACAUCUGCAGUUGCAGAACCUGGGGGUGAACCCUGCAAACAUUGGGUUCAGUUAUCUGACCAUGGAGUCAGACAAGUUCAUCUGCGUCAGAGAAAAGGUUGGUGAGCAGAACCAGGUUGUGAUCGUAGACAUGUCGGACCCCACCAACCCUAUCAGACGGCCAAUCUCUGCCGACAGUGCCAUCAUGAACCCUGCCAGCAAGGUCAUCGCCCUGAAAGACGCUGCCAAGACUCUGCAGAUUUUCAACAUUGAGAUGAAGAGUAAGAUGAAGGCUCACACCAUGACGGAGGAAGUCCUGUUCUGGAAGUGGAUAUCCGUUAACACGGUUGCCUUGGUGACUGAUUCAGCUGUGUAUCAUUGGAGCAUGGAGGGAGAUUCCCAACCAACCAAAGUGUUCGAUCGGCACGCCAGUUUGGCGGGAUGUCAGAUCAUUAACUAUAGAACUGACGAACAACAGAAGUGGUUACUGCUGAUAGGGAUCUCUGCGCAGCAAAACCGUGUGGUGGGGGCGAUGCAGCUGUAUUCUGUUGACAGGAAGGUGUCCCAGCCCAUUGAGGGGCACGCUGCUGCAUUUGGAGAGUUCAAAGUGGAGGGAAAUACCAAACCCUCCACACUGUUCUGCUUUGCUGUGCGCUCACAGGCUGGAGGAAAGCUACAUAUAAUUGAAGUGGGUCAGCCGCCAUCAGGAAACCAGCCAUUUACUAAGAAAGCAGUGGAUGUGUUCUUCCCUCCAGAGGCCCAGACAGAUUUCCCUGUAGCUAUGCAGAUUGGGAGUAAGCAUGGUGUUAUAUACUUAAUCACCAAGUAUGGCUACAUUCACCUGUAUGAUCUGGAAUCUGGAGUGUGUAUCUACAUGAACAGAAUCAGUGCAGAGACCAUCUUUGUCACAUCUCCUCAUGAAGCAAACUCUGGAAUUAUUGGGGUCAAUAAAAAGGGACAGGUCUUGUCAGUGUGUGUGGAAGAGGAAAACAUUGUUAACUAUGCCACAAACGUCCUCCAGAAUCCUGACCUAGCGUUAAAGAUGGCUGUGAGGUCAAACCUCGCUGGAGCUGAGGAGCUUUUUGCCAGAAAGUUUAACACUCUGUUUGCCCAGGGAAGCUAUUCAGAGGCUGCAAAGGUUGCUGCAUCAGCCCCCAAGGGUAUUCUGCGGACAGCAGAGACCAUCCGUAAGUUCCAGAGUGUCCCGGCCCAGCCGGGUCAGGCCUCUCCGCUGCUGCAGUACUUUGGUAUUCUGCUGGACCAAGGCCAGCUCAACAAGUUUGAGUCUCUGGAGCUGUGCAGACCUGUCCUCCAGCAGGGCCGCAAACAACUACUAGAGAAAUGGCUGAAGGAAGACAAGCUGGAGUGUUCAGAGGAGUUAGGCGACAUGGUGAAAGCCUCAGACCCCACGCUAGCUCUUAGUGUGUACCUCAGAGCGAACAUCCCCAAUAAAGUUAUCCAGUGCUUUGCUGAGACUGGCCAAUUCCAGAAGAUAGUGCUGUAUGCCAAAAAGGUGGGCUACACCCCAGACUGGGUCUUUUUGUUGAGGAAUGUCAUGCGUGUCAAUCCAGACCAGGGACUGCAGUUUGCGCAGAUGUUGGUACAGGAUGAGGAGCCGCUGGCUAACAUCAACCAGAUUGUGGAUGUGUUUAUGGAAGGCAGCCUGAUCCAGCAGUGUACCUCCUUCCUGCUGGAUGCAUUGAAAAACAACCGCCCCACCGAAGGUCACUUACAAACACGCUUGCUCGAGAUGAACCUCAUCCAUGCCCCACAGGUGGCAGAUGCAAUCCUGGGGAAUCAAAUGUUUACCCAUUAUGACCGUGCACAUGUUGCUCAGCUGUGUGAGAAGGCAGGUCUGCUGCAGAGAGCUCUUGAGCAUUACACUGAUCUGUACGAUAUAAAGCGUGCUGUGGUGCACACACAUCUUCUCAACCCUGAGUGGCUGGUGAACUUCUUUGGCUCGUUAUCAGUUGAAGAUUCACUGGAGUGCUUAAGAGCAAUGCUAUCUGCUAACAUCAGACAGAACCUGCAGCUGUGUGUCCAGGUAGCAUCUAAAUACCAUGAGCAGCUGGGGACUCAGGCCUUAGUGGAGCUCUUUGAAUCCUACAAGAGUUACGAGGGCUUGUUUUAUUUCCUUGGCUCAAUCGUGAAUUUCAGCCAGGAGCCUGAUGUUCACUUCAAAUAUAUCCAGGCUGCCUGCAAAACAGGACAGAUCAAAGAAGUAGAGAGAAUUUGCAGAGAAAGCAACUGUUACGACCCAGAAAGGGUUAAAAACUUCCUCAAGGAGGCUAAGCUUACCGACCAACUUCCUCUUAUAAUUGUGUGUGACCGCUUUGACUUUGUCCAUGACUUGGUGCUCUACCUUUACCGCAACAGUCUACAGAAGUACAUUGAAAUCUAUGUUCAGAAAGUAAACCCCAGUCGUUUACCCGUGGUGAUAGGUGGUCUGUUGGAUGUGGACUGUGCCGAAGAUGUUAUUAAAAAUCUGAUCAUGGUGGUCAGAGGUCAGUUUUCCACUGAUGAGCUAGUGGAAGAGGUAGAGAAGAGGAACAGGCUAAAACUUCUGUUACCCUGGCUAGAAUCCCGCACCCAUGAAGGAUGUGAAGAGCCUGCCACCCACAAUGCCCUGGCAAAGAUCUACAUUGACAGCAACAGUACACCUGAGCGAUUCCUGAAGGAGAACCCGUUCUACGAUAGUGCUGUGGUUGGGCGAUACUGUGAGAAGAGAGAUCCUCACCUUGCCUGUGUGGCGUAUGAGCGAGGCCAGUGUGACCUGGAGCUCAUCAAAGUAUGCAAUGAGAACUCACUGUUCAAAAGUGAAGCUCGAUAUCUCGUACGACGAAAAGAUCCAGACCUUUGGGCAAAUGUGUUGGAAGAAAAUAACCCUUACAGGAGACAGCUCAUUGACCAGGUAGUGCAAACAGCUCUGUCGGAAACACAAGACCCAGAGGAGGUGUCUGUCACAGUCAAGGCCUUCAUGACUGCAGACCUGCCUAACGAGCUCAUUGAACUGUUGGAGAAGAUUGUACUUGAUAACUCUGUUUUCAGUGAGCACAGGAACCUACAGAACCUUCUCAUUUUGACAGCCAUCAAAGCAGAUCGCACUCGUGUCAUGGAGUAUGUCAACAGGCUAGACAACUAUGAUGCUCCAGACAUUGCCAACAUUGCCAUUAGCAACGAGCUGUUUGAAGAGGCAUUUGCUAUUUUCAAGAAGUUUGACGUCAACACCUCAGCCAUACAGGUUUUGAUUGAGCACAUAGGGAACUUGGAUCGGGCUUAUGAGUUUGCUGAGCGUUGUAAUGAGCCUGCUGUCUGGAGCCAGUUAGCCAGAGCUCAGCUCCACAGAGACUUGGUCAAAGAGGCCAUUGACUCGUAUAUUAAAGCUGUUGACCCCUCAGCAUACAUGGAGGUGGUCAAUGCAGCCAGCAAGAACAAUAACUGGGAAGACUUGGUAAAAUUUCUCCAGAUGGCUCGAAAGAAGGCCAGAGAGUCAUAUGUGGAGACAGAGCUGAUCUUUGCAUUGGCUAAGACAAACCGUCUGGCUGAGCUGGAAGAGUUUGUGAGUGGGCCCAACAAUGCUCAUAUCCAGCAGGUGGGUGACAGAUGCUUUGAGGAGGGUAUGUACGAAGCAGCCAAACUCUUAUAUAACAACGUGUCCAACUUUGCUCGUCUGGCAUCAACGCUCGUCAACCUUGGAGAGUACCAGGCAGCUGUGGAUAGUGCAAGGAAAGCAAACAGUACACGGACAUGGAAAGAGGUCUGUUUUGCCUGUGUGAACGGUGAGGAGUUUCGGCUGGCACAGAUCUGUGGUUUGCACAUAGUGAUCCAUGCCGACGAGCUGGAGGACCUGAUCAGCUAUUACCAAGACCGUGGAUACUUUGAGGAGCUCAUUGGUUUGCUUGAAGCAGCUUUGGGCCUGGAGCGAGCUCAUAUGGGUAUGUUCACAGAGCUGGCCAUCCUCUACUCGAAAUUCAAACCCCAGAAGAUGAGGGAGCACUUGGAGCUUUUCUGGUCCAGAGUCAACAUCCCAAAGGUGCUGCGUGCAGCAGAGCAGUCUCACUUGUGGGCAGAGCUGGUGUUUCUGUAUGAUAAAUAUGAGGAGUAUGACAAUGCUGUUAUGACAAUGAUGUCACAUCCGACAGAUGCCUGGAAAGAAGGCCUGUUCAAAGACAUUAUUGCAAAGGUUGCCAAUGUGGAGUUAUACUAUAAAUCACUUUCCUUCUACCUGGAUUAUAAGCCCCUCCUACUCAGUGACCUGCUGACCAUUUUAUCACCACGGUUAGACCACAGCCGAGCCGUAGCGUUUUUCAGCAAGGUGAAUCAGUUGAAAUUGGUGAAGCCUUAUUUGAGGUCUGUCCAGAAUCAUAACAACAAGUCUGUAAAUGAAGCACUCAACAAUCUGCUAACGGAGGAGGAAGACUACCAGGGUCUGAGAGCAUCCAUUGAUGCCUAUGACAACUUUGACACCAUUGGCUUGGCGCAGAGAUUGGAGAAACAUGAACUGAUUGAGUUCCGACGUAUUGCUGCUUACCUGUACAAGGGCAACAAUCGCUGGAGACAGAGCGUAGAGCUCUGCAAGAAGGACAAACUCUACAAGGAUGCCAUGCUGUAUGCCGCAGAAUCUAAAGAUGCUGAGCUGGCAGAGACCCUGCUCCAGUGGUUCCUGGAGGAGGGUAAGAAGGAGUGCUUUGCUGCUUGCCUGUUUGCCUCCUAUGACCUGCUGCACCCUGACGUGGUGUUGGAGCUGGCCUGGAGGCACAAUAUUGUGGAUUUUGCCAUGCCGUACUUCAUACAAGUUAUGAGAGAGUACCUGACUAAGGUUGAUGCAUUUGCAGUGCAGGUGAUGGUGGACAAACUGGAGGAGGCUGAAAGCCAAAGGAAAACAGAAGAGGAUGUGACAGAGCCUCAGCCCAUAGUGUUUGGACAGCAGUUGAUGUUGACCGCUGCUGCCUCUCCAGUCGCACCGCAGCCAUCUUAUCCAGGCUACGGCUACACGACCACUCCCGGUUACCCGGCUCAACCUGCUUACGGCUUCAGUAUGUAGUCGUGUGAGCUGCCAUUUAGGCCCCUCCACCUCCACCUGCAGACACACACAUGCACACCUUUGACCUGAACCACACUGACCUGGCUGCUGUGGGCCUCAGCAGGCCAACUGACAGAAGGAGACCCCUCAAACUGCAGUGGGCCAUCACUCUUGCAGAGCCCUGCCCACGUUCACACAAACUGCUCGUCACCAGAGAAGGAAUCCUCAGUGCCCCUCCCUUUCCAGUUUGACAGACAUGCAUCACUGAACUUUACAGCAUGAAGUCACGCCUCAGAGGAAGUGAUGAUGAAGACGUCGGUGCCGACAGACCACUGGGCUGAUCUGUUGCUGUUUGGUACAUAUGGCUUUCGCCACAGAGCAGCUUCUUUGUUUUACUCAAACAUUCAGCACUGAUGAAGAGAGACGACGUAACUGAGUCGCUGCUUUCACUGCACGUACCUUACGUACGUGCAGGUGGCAAAAAGGGCCUUUUUUGUGUGUGUUUUUUUUGCCAUGUGUUUUUUUUGCCAUGUUAAUUUUCACAACUGUCUUUUAAAAAUGGAACAUUACUAGAAAGAUGGUUACUGUGCAAUAGUUUUGUUAACAACACUUCCGGUUUUAACAUGUGAUGCUGUUUACUGUCUAAGAAAAUUUGUUUGACACUAUGGUACUGAUUAUAUGUGUGAGGGAUAUGCCAUCAAAUGCAUUUUUUUUUCACUUUGGCGUUUCUUUUAUUUGCAGUUACAAUUAUUAUUAUUGUUGUUGUUGUUGUUUUCCUUCUUUCCUUAUUCAGAGCAAGAGUUGGUGUCUGUCAGGAUUUUGGCAUCUCUAAUACUGGACCCAGCACGUCUUUUGAUAAUUGUGAUGACUAGAAUGGAGGGAAAUUAAAAAAAAAAAAAAAAAAAGUUAUGUUCUGUAGUCUGCAUGUGCUGCCAUACAAAAAUACCACAACCAGGAGCACAAUUUACAUGUUACACUCAAUUUUAUCAAGUAUUACUAAUGUUGUCAAAACCUGACGUUACUCUCUCACCCGACUAACAAACAGCAAACUGACUGAGGUAGAAUCCAUCGCCUCCUGGUGUCAGUGGUUCACAAAAGAUCAUUAUUGUACUGAAAAUGUGUAAUUUAAGAUGUAUUGAAAUAACUAAUCAAAGAAAUACAAUAUUAUAAAAUACCAUAUGUACUGUCUCUGUAGUGUGUUGUAGUCAAAAGCAUAAUGAUUUUUCUAAGAAAAAAAAAAUAUUUAAAAAGGUUAAUAAAUGCAAACUGAGGAAAAAG